GGGGGGCCCAAAACAAGAAAUGAAUAUCAAUAAAUAAAUACACCAAAUAAGCUGGACAUCGGGGCAAAGUUCCCGAGUUUCGUCGGGGCGGGGUUUGGCCGACGUGAGAGUGUACGAUCAUGAUGCUGACGUCGACCAUCUGAGAUGGUCAGAGGGUGUGGGUGAACACACAGACGAGACAACAUUGGUAAGGGGGGUAAGGGGACGAACGAGAAAGGCUUAUCUGGGCACACCAUGCCCACGACGGCAUGACACAGACCAAGCAGGCACGCAGCAAACGCGGACAGGGCGUAUGUAGUCUAUGCACGGCCGUCACCCUUGAGCAGCACAAAAACAAAAGUAGAUCGAUCGAUAAGCAUCAAGUCUGGCUCGGCUUCUCGCCAUCCACGCUCGCUCAGCUACCCAUCAUCGCCACUUAGGUGCCAAAGCACCCAGCGCAGAAAGACGAUGACGGCAAAUAAAUAGAGACCAAAGAAGGCAUAGAAUCAUCAGCGAAAUAAAUUAUGUCCACACACAUAAGCAAUGUAAAACCGGGGCCCUGAUCUCGUCUCGUACAUACAUACAUACGUCCAAACAAUACUGGG